AUGGGCCGCAUGAUGCUGCAACGGCGACUACUGGGCCUAGUCGCUCCUCUGUCGCGGAAUGAACUUGCUCCCGUCUUGACCUCUGGGGAAGAGAUGGGAAUUGUCGAGGCAGUCAACGAGCGGACGAUGCAUACUCAGUGCUUCACACACAACGAACUGACUAACAUCGUUCGCGUGUGCAUCGAGAACAGCCACCACGAACGAACGGUGCCGGACACGUUCCCCUCGAUAACCUUUGUCAAGAAGUUCAUCAAGCGACACUUCUCCUCGCGCAGCGUUCAGGCCAUGGAGGCAGUGCGAGCGGGUCGGAGCACGGUCGACGUCCAUAAAGCUCACUCUCCAAGGUGCAUACCGACAACCACUUCGACCCCGACUGCAUUUGGAAUCUCGACGAGUCUUGAAGUGUAUGGCCCAUGGUGGCUUGCCUGCCUCCAAUUUUGCGCCAACAAGUCAUCCUUCCUGUCGACGACGCUGUUCAUUCAGUACUUCGAGUGCAAGGUGGCUGACAAGGAAGCCAAGAAGGAAAAGGAAGAAAUCCUCGUGCAGAAGAAGAAAGCCACUGCACAGAAGAGAGUCAUUGCAGCGAAAACGAAGAAGGCGUUGGAUGAACGACGUCGUGAGGCGUCAGAGCGCAAGUUGAUCUCGUUGGAAGAUUCAAGCAAGCCCGUUCGUCGCAAGAGGCCACGCGCACCCCAUGUGGCACGGAUUUGA